GUUUAUACUUUGGAUAUUUAUCGUUUUGACAACAAUGAUUCCUAGACAUUCAGUUACGGAUAUAACCCGUUGGAAGCAGCCCAGAACAAUCCAAAACAAACGAUGCGGCUCUUUGCUGAGCAGAGCCAAAAUUAUUCAGAGACUCCGGGGGUAUCCCAGCUACUGGAAUGGGAAAUAGAGCUAUCGCUUCUGGAGAGGCACCAGUCAGAGUUUGUAGUGUUAUCCGAUAACGUGAAUGGAAAAGGAGAGAAGAUGCCGAGGACGCUGGCGGAAAAUUCAAGUUGGGAAUAUGUCACCGCUUGGAAUUACAGUGCGAAUAAUACAGGUUACUUUGGAAAUAUGAGUGAUAAUAAUACUUCGGAACCUUAUGUGUCGACGCCUUUAACUGCACAACAUUAUGUGCUGGUAUUUCUUUACAGUGUUACAACGUUGUUGGCUAUCACUGGAAACUCCUUAGCAAUUGUGAUAUUUUGUAAAGGUAAACGAUCGAAAACAGAUUUACGUCCAUUUUUGAUAAAUCUUGCUGCGGCGGAUUUAAUCAUGGCCAUGUUUUGUAUUCCAUUUACAUUUACAUAUCUACUUUUGGACUCAAACUGGAUUUUUUCACGCCCGAUGUGUCCCAUUGUGAUGUUUCUUCAAGUGGUUUCAGUGACAGUAAGUGUGACCACAAAUAUGGCCAUAGGAAUUGACAGAUUCUUCGCCAUAGUAUCUCCUAUAAAUGCGUCGAGAACUUCACCUAACAAAUACAAGUAUAUUAUAUUACUACUGUGGCUAAUUUCAAUUGGAUUAGGAAGUGUGGAAUUAUACGUUGGGAACACACAAACGGUCCCAGAGACAAACCACAUAUCCUGUGGCGAACACUGGCCAACCCAGAAACUGGCCAUAUUUUUCACCUUUCUAGUCUUAAUAUUGACCUAUGUAGUGCCCGUAAUAAUUUUGUCAGUGACCUACAGCAUUGUUGGGUACCUACUUUGGAAACGGCACGUACCAGGAAACGCCGACGCCCAGAGGGAUAAAUCGCAACUCAAAUCCAAAGUGAAGAUCGUUAAGAUGCUUGUUACCAUUGUUGCCCUGUUCGUCCUAUGCUGGCUUCCCCUCCAGACAUUUCUCGUGGUGCUUAACUACACCGAGGUUGUCGAUCACAAUUCUCUCAACCUCACCUUCUUUAUCUGCCACUGGAUUGCCAUGUCCAACAGCUUCGUCAACCCUAUCGUCUACGGAACUCUCAAUGAUAGCUUUAGGGCUGAUGCGAAGAAUAUAUUCUGCCGUUGUUUGGGCUCCAAUCAGCCCAAACCGAGUUCUUCCUCCAGACACCAAACUGUUAAAUUCAGGCGGGCUAAAUCGUUGAAUACCUACGGUAAACAAACACAAGAUGCCAGCAGCGACAGCACCGCUGUCAUCAGCUACCUUACACACAGUAAAUCGGAAGCCAGGAACAGACCUUACAAAUCGCAUUGCAAGGACAUGGUUUUAAAGACCUACACGACAUGAAGAAUGAUAUUGGUACACCCACCGUUUUUGAUAUUUUAAAUUUGUUCGGGGAUAAGUGGAUUGAAUUAUUGACAUCAUUUCGAAAAAAUCGGGAGAGCAGUCUUCAUGAAACUAGCAAUCCCUGUCUCGUAUUUACAAUGAUGAUGAAGGAGCAACAUAUCAUUGAAACUUGCAAAAAUACGAGAGUUUCCAAUAUAAAUAAACCUUUAAUUAUUGUUUUUAAUGCUAAAAUAGUAUCGGAAAGGAUUAUGGCAAUAUAUUUUCAUCUAAUUGAGCGAACAUCUAUUGCAGCAUAACAAGUCCUUCUCUAAAUGUUGAUGAAUUGCCAAUCUCUAUCCGUUCUAAACAAAUUCCACCGCAAUUAAAAAUUCCAUCUACCAUUCAAAGUGAUUGGGACGCGUUACAAGCAUAUUAUAUUUUAACAUAUAGCCUUGUAUAAUCAUAGUUCUUUUCUCACACACAUCGUGGUGAAUUACACAGUUUGACGAAACUACAACAACAAGGAACACACAUGUAACAUUUAUGCCUUUCUGAGUGCUUUACUUUUAUUUCUAAUUGAAACGAGAUAGUUUCUCCAAAUACUUUUUUAAUGUGAUACAAUGAUUGUAUGUUUCGUCAACGAAUACUAUUGUAUUUCAGAGUAUAACCAACCAUUAUGUCAUUUGUAAAUUAUCAAUCAUGUUUGCUGAAAUUGUUGUUUUACUGUUGUAUAUAACUAUAUUGCGUACACAUAAUACACGGAGUAAAAUAUUUAA